AUGGCUCUGAUGAAGACCAAAGACGUGACUAUCCAUAGUGUGUUCCUUGUGUAUAGGAAGCUUCUGGAACACAUCGAACGCUCAAACCGGAAGCUGAGAAAGAAAACGACACCCUGGAAAAAAAAUAUGUACGGCGCCAUGCUCAUGGCAAAGCAAAAGCUGAGGGAUUAUUACGAGAAGACUUAUCGUGACCACGGAUUUCUCUACGGUACGGCAGCUUUACUUGCUCCUCAGUAUAAGCUUUGUGCGUUUGACGACACAGAGUUUUCACAGUACAUUGGCGAGACUGCAAAGAGAUAUUGUGAAUACCUGCGAUCAUCUUUCGCACAGUAUCAACAGAAAAACCCAGAGAUGAUCUUCCGUGCCGUACAGCGCCCUUCUUUACAGGCUUCCGAGUUAGAACGGUUGCUUGAACCAGCACAUGCGGUAGAAACAAGCGAGGGAGUCGGGUAUGAUGAGGUUGAUCGUUAUCUUCAAGAGUGUAAGUACAUCCAACUCACUCGACUUGAAAGGCCACUGAUUUUGCCAGCAACUACGUCAAUACCACCGCGUGUAUACUGGAGGGAAAACGAGAGUAAAUUUCCCGUGCUUUCGCGGUUAGCUCGUGAUUUGCUCUCAGUUCCAGCCACUGGAGCAGGAGUUGAAAGGCUCUUCAAUAGUGCCCGGGAUAUUUGUCACUAUCGCCGGGGAUCCCUGAAUGAGACUACGAUACAAGACUUGAUGAUGUAUAUGUGCUCUGAGAAAUUCACCCUGGAGGGCCAGCAAUCGAGUCUGCUGGAUCAUAGGAGGGCGGAAGGGGAGGACCAGGAGAAUCUUGAAGAGAAUGAGGCAAACAAGGAGGCCGAGGACGAUAAUGCAGCUAUUAGCGAUAUAGACGAGGGUGAUCUUGUCGAAGAUACGGAUACAAGCCUCACUGUUGAGAGUGCUCUGGGACUUCAAAGCACCGUUCCACAGGAGCUUCCGUCUCAAGAUCGAUUGCAAGAUGCGACAAUGAUAGUUAUGGAUCCGGAGCAAGAGAGCGACGAUGAAGAUUCGCUGCCACCUCCAGCUACCAGUCUAGGAGAGAGAUCUCAAAAAAGAUCAUCAGGGAGGAUGACAGUGCCUUCAAGCCGACUUCAAGGCUAUGAGUUGUAUUAG